CUCGUCAGGGCUGGACUGCGGUGCAAUGGCUUGAAUUAUUUUAUAUUUCUUUAUAUUGUUGAGAUAAAAUUGCCGUUUCCCUUUUAAAUAUACUUUAAUAAAUGUCAUGUGCAUAUAUUUAAUUAAACUGGGGCGCAGGUCGAAAGCAAGCUAGAAGAGAAUCUAGCCGAGUGCGCGUUAGCUCGGUUAGCUCUGUGUGUGUGUGUGUCGGCGGCGCUGGCUAUGUAGGGAUGGUUCUAAUGAUGGAGUCCCAGUGUGAGUAUUUCAUGUACUUUCCCGCCGUCCCUAUUUCCGACCUCUCCGACCCGGCGCGCUACCGGAAUCUGCCGCGUCGCAGCCACCUCUACCUGGGCGAGACGGUGCGCUUCCUGCUCGUGCUGCGCUGCCGGGAGGGAGCGGCCGCCGGUGGCGGCGGCGGUGGCGGAGGCGGAGGAGGCGGGCCGGAGUGCCCUGGCGGGCGGGCUUGGAGAGAACUUGCCGGCUCUCUGUGCGCCGUGGCCAGCGUGAGCCCCGGGGAGAGCCGGCAGCGCUCGCAAGCCCAGCGGGGAGACUACCAGCAGCAGCAGCACAUGAUCCAUCAGCACCACAGCAGCAGCGGGGACGAGGGCACUGAGGAUGACGAGGACGCCGGCGCGGGGGCGAGCUCAGGCAGCGCGGACACGCGGACCCGGCGCUUCAGGGACUGUCAGCCGCUCCUCAUUCACAACAACACCAGCAACAGCGGCGGCCGGGAGCAGCGCAGGGCUGCGUCGCAGUCGCCUCUGGAUGAGCCAGUGGUUUUGACUGACGAAGUUAUCUUCCCCUUGACCGUGUCCCUCGACAAACUGCCUGUCAGCACGCUCAAAGUCAAGGUCAUUGUGACGGUUUGGAAGCGGGAUGUGGAGAAGGCCGAGGUCAGGGAGCAUGGCUACCUCACCAUCUUGCAGCAACGCAGCCCCACCCACACCUUCCGCCAUGACCUCAACACCUUCAAGGCUCAGGUUAGUACCACGCUGACCGUUCUGCCCCCUCCUACCGUAAAGUGUCAGCAGAUGACAGUGUCCGGAAAGCACCUCACCGUCCUGAAAGUGUUAAACGGCUGCUCCCAGGAGGAGGUGUGUGUGCGAGAUGUACGAAUCCUGCCAAACUUCAAUGCCUCCUACCUCCCUGUGAUGCCUGAUGGCUCAGUGCUGUUGGUGGAUAAUGUCUGCCACCAGUCUGGUGAAGUUGCCAUGGCGUCCUUUUACCGAAUGGACAGCCUGUCCUGCCGGCUUCCCAGCAUGCUAAGUGCUCUGGAGGAACACAACUUCCUGUUCCAGUUGCAGCUCAGUGAUCAACCACAGGAAGACACAAAGGAGGGUUUGGAGGUGCCACUAGUGGCUGUUCUCCAGUGGUCCACACCCAAGUUACCUUUCACCAACUGCAUCUAUACGCAUUACAGGCUGCCCAGCGUGAGACUAGACAGGCCCCGCUUUGUCAUGACUGCCAGCUGUCCCAGCGCAGUUUGUGUACGUGAGCAUUUCCGGGUCAGGUACACGCUGCUCAACAACCUACAGGACUUCCUGGCUGUGCGUCUGGUGUGGACCCCUGAAGGUCGUGGCCCUUCCGAGGACCCGUCGGUCAGUGCAGUGGUCUGUCACUCUCCACUCAGCAACCUGGGUCACUGUCGCAAGGGAAGCACACUGUCAUUCACCGUGGCCUUCCAGAUACUGAGAGCAGGGCUUUUUGAGCUCAGUCAACACAUGAAGCUUAAGCUACAGUUCACUGCCUCGGUGUCCAACCCCCCUCCAGAGGCGCGACCUCUCUCCCGCAAGAACAGCCCAUCGAGCCCAGCUGUACGGGACCUGCUCGAUCGGCACCAGGCUAGCUUGGGCCGCUCGCAGUCUUUCUCCCAUCAGCAGCCCUCUCGAUCGCACCUCAUGAGGACAGGCAGUGUUAUGGAGAGACGCGCCAUUACCCCUCCUGUGGGCUCGCCCAUCGGCCGGCCGCUGUACCAGCCCCAGGAGAAGGCCAUUCUCUCACUGGACAAGAUUGCCAAACGCGAGUGCAAAGUUCUGGUGCUAGAACCGGUCAGCUAGAGAGGUAGCGACAGACCCCAGGUAAAAGGAAAUACACUUGAAUACACACAUGUGAUAAUGAUUUACACUGGAAAACACUGGUCCAUGGAAGACGGAGGGACACGCAAGUUUGACUGAAGGCUCGCCCUGGGAAAUGAGAACAGGUGAAAUGGCUUUGCGGUCCAAUGCAGCACAAUCAACGCAGCGCAGUCAGCCUGCUCUUUGUGGACCCGGGUGGGCAAGGGUGAGGUAAAAAAUGAAAACAUUUCAAGUCUUGCUAAGGACAGGCAAGUUGCAAAUGUGAAAAAAAAUGACAACAGUUGGACGGUAAAAUGUGGUGUGAGCGGACUGAAAUGAUACAAAUUCCCUUCAUCAGGCUCAGUGUUAAACUGCUACCGACAUACAGCAAUGUCACUUAUUUAAAAUUCUAACACAUAGGAAAGCAUUUCAAGGAGAGGGAACAAACGGUAAUGACAUUAUUAAUAGUAUUACAAUAUUAAUCUCAGCAGCAGUAGUCGUAGUGAUAAUAGUAAUAGCUGUAGUGUUUGUAGUUGUAGCUCAUGAUUAAUUGCAAUGACAUUCAUGUAGGCUCCAAGCUUCUUGGCUGACGCAGUGUAGCGUGUAAGAAUGGACAUGCUAGGACAGGGUUGGCUAAACUCUGAAGUCAUGUGAAUGCCCAGAUUCUCUCUCUCUUUCUCUCUCUCUCUCUCUCACACACACACACACACACACACGGGGACACCGUUUGCAUAUGCACAUGUAUUAAAGGGCUUGGCAGUUUCAGAUUGUAUUUUAGUUCUCUGAAAUUGCUGAGUUUGUCUCCUAGUCCGCUGUCAAGAAUGUCUAUUUGCACACAGGAUUUUUUCUUCUAUUACUUACUGUAACUUCAGUUGUCACUGUGUUUUACUUUGCCAUUUUAUGUAUUUUUGGUUUACAUUUCGGGGUCCAGGUGUUUCAGAUGCAUUGCAGUUUUGAAUUGUGCACCAUUUAACAUUCCAUAGCCUUCCCCAGUCGCUCAGACCCGUUUCCUUCUACCUCUGUACCCAGCACCCUCAUACACUCCCUCAUUAUGAGAAACUCUGCCUUAUAGGCAUUUUCAGCAGGUUAAACUAGUUUGUAUUUCAGAUUUCCCUUAUUAAUGUUAAAAUUAACCAACUGCUUCUACCCAACCCCUCAUUUCUUGUUAUUGCAUGCUCAAUUUACAGCAUUUCAAAAAUGCCGAAUAUGAUUCAUUGUGUGUGUAUGUGUGUGU